UGGAGUCGGGGGUGUACAUUUAUAUUUUAUUGUCAUCCGUCCAACAAACACGGCUUCCUCGGAUUCGACCCUCACUUUCAAGUGGAGUCCAGCGUCAGGAACCAAGGAUACAUGGUCGUCGGGUCAGGAACACCCGUUGGGGAAACGAUCUCCCUGCGUGCACAACAGUCUGCUUUGUGGGUGGGGGGAACUAGAGAAUUGCCUGUGCUCUUCCUUCCUUUUGGCCCGGAUCCUGCUGAUGGUGACUUUUCUUUUUUGAUAACCCCAGUUCAACUGCCAUAUACUGCAGGGUUGGGGGGACCACUGUCCUUAUUCCGUCACUCAUCCCUUGAAGCUCUGCAUCGCACGGAUGGAGGACUCCAGGAGGAAGACCAUAAUAUAGCUCGUAGUACGCCGACGCUAACAGGUUUCUCACCACACUUCCCCACCCCCCUUUCGAUGUUUGUGCGCUCCCCUUUCUCCUUCCCUUGGAUCCGGUGCCGUGCCGCAAUGUUCGAACGGCUGCUAGCCCAGGGUAUUGUGAUCUUGGCUCGCGAACCCCCCGGUCUGCUCCCUGGGAGGCGUUCGUCCGCCUCGUUCCAUAAGGCCGUUGCUAUUAAUAUGGAUAAACAGGGAAGAUAUCGAUGGUUUCGCCGCGCGCGAAGCUCAAGACCGUCAUGAAGGCAGAGGGAUUCUUUGAUCGGGUGUCUCCUGACGCUUCGUCCUAGUCCAGCGCAGAGGAGUGCUGCUGUAAUGAAGAUGUUCUCCCCUAGCA